AGGGCGUGGAGAGCAGUAGUGGGUUACCAUGGUGAUCAAGCCCGUGAUUUGGGAAGACUGAUGGCAUGGGACAGGGUAGAACGAUACCGCUGGUUGAGUGGUGCGUCUCUGGCACUACUCCUAGAAGAUCUUACAUUGAAUGCUAUCUUCCAGGUCUUUUCACUUAAUACACUGUUGACUCUUCUCAUCUACAUCAUACAAGAUGUCUGUUUGGUGUUUUCACUCAUUCUGCUGUUCCUGGCAAUGUUCUCUACAACACUUUCUCAGGCUGGUCUUAUUGGCGAGUUGUUCCAAAAAUUCCAGUGGUGCAUCUUUGUGGCUAUAACUUACCUAGGUUUAUCAAUUGGCUUACACUCCUGGUCACUUAAGGAGCAGUGGCAAAGACCUGAUAAAUACAUCUGGACUCAUGGAAUGGUGUGUCUCUUUACCAUUCAGAGGAUAGUGGGUGGCCUUCACUAUUACUUGUACAAGCGCACAAUCCUUCAGUUAUCAGACAAAAAUUUCUACUCACAUUUGUCUGUUGGCGGCUACAAAUAAAGUAAGCUUCCCAUUUAACAAUGUUAUUAUAACUGUUAAUAAGAGUUUAAAAUAUUUUAUCAAAUACUAAUAGAGACCACAACUCAUAACAACAAACUAAUAUUGGGGCUGUAAUACAACGGGUGGCAGAAUUGCCUCACACUUCCAUAUUUUGAAACUGAAAUACGUGUUCAGUAUACCUUUUGUAUUCUAAUACUGCAAGUUACAGGAAAGCCUCCGAUAAUGAUGGUUCUACCAACGACAAUUCAUACUUAAGACUGGUUAAUUUAGGACCCAAUUCAAUUUACACCAUUAUAUUCUUUGUAUUUAUGAUGAAAAUAGAAUAAAAAAUAUAAUAUAAUUAAAUUUUCAUAAAAAUAACUAAAUCCCAAUAUGUAUUAUAAACUAAAAUGCCUUGCACAUGGAGGCUGCCAGGCUUGUGAGUGGUGACACCAGCAUCACUAGUAUAAACAGUCACAGCUUGGCUGGCCUUUUGUUUUCACGCAUCUGAACAGGAAAAGGAGAAAAAUUUUCUCAGGUUUCUUACAGCAUU